AUGAGCAGUCAACCAGACCUACGUAUCGGUGUAGACUUUGGUACCACGUUCACAGGCGUUUCUUGGACCACCCCAAAAGAGGAACUCAAGGGGACAAACGUCGUCAAGAAUUGGCCAGGGCAGACAAGACAAGAACCCAAAGUCCCAACUGUCUUGUCCAAACAGGGCAGUGGAGCCAACAUAAAAUGGGGAUUUCUCUGCGAAUCUAUUGACGAGACGGAGAAGUGGAAGUUGUUUAAGUUGCUUCUCGAACCAGCGACCUAUCAGAAGGAAUCACGCCCUGAGGUCCGUGUACCAUGGAUCCCGGGGACAGUGCAUGACGUCCACGGUCUUGUGGUUGAGUAUCUAAGGCAAAUCUACGUUCACAUAAGUACCAUAAUCCCCGAACUUAUCAAGCAGAAGGACCAAUUCAGCGCAACCCUCAGGAACAAGACCUGGGAUUCGAUGAAGGUCGAGUUCGUAUUCAGCACCCCAGCGCAAUGGGAAGCCCCUGUCAGCCAAUGCUUCAGACGUCUCAUCUUUAGAUCGGGAUUUGGAAAUAUCAACAACCACAGCGUCGUCCUGGGGCUGACUGAAUCAGAGGCUGCCGCUGUUUUCACGUGUAACGCGCAAAUGACAGCAGGUCGCCAAGUUCGAAACAAUAACAUCCUUCUAUCAAUCGACGCAGGAGGUGGGACAACUGAUCUUGCUUUUGUGAAGAAGUCCAAUGACUCCGUGACUUUGGAGGAGAUGAGUCCCGUCACUGGCAUUGGCGUCGGUUCUGCAAGAAUCGACAGCCGGUUCGCCAAGCUCAUCAAAGAAAGAAUGGAGAGGUACCCCACAGUUUGUUCACAUCUUCCAGCGGACUUUGCUCUGAAAGCAUCGCAGAGCGAAGACUUCCAGAAAUGGAAGCACGCGUUUGGAUCAGAGCGUUCGAAAAAUCUAGACGUGUACUCUACCACAGUGGCUGGGGCCAAUGGCUACACGCAUAAGAAGUUCAGGAUCCAUGAUGGCGAAUUGUUCUUCACAAGAGCGGAACUCAAAGGCUGUUUCGACGAAACAUUGGAGCACAUUAUGAAGCAUAUCCAGGAUACGCUGAAAGACUGGACAAUAGAGACCGAGGAUGCAAACAAAGUAGUGGAUUACAUUGUUCUCUCGGGUGGUCUGGGGGGCUCUGACUAUGUCUUGAAGGAAUUAGAGGCGUACAUCAACCUUUUGGCAGCGAAAAAAGACAGUCGCCUCAUCGGAGCACAAGUUUUGAGAGCUCCAGGUAAUACUCGGACUGCCGUGAUUUCAGGCCUUCUCGAUGAGCGUAAAGACAACGCUCAAGCACUCCGAGAAUAUGUCGCACGAGCGAAUUACGGCAUCAUUGUCAGAGAUCCGCCACCAAGCCCACGCUGGUUCAGUUCCAGCGCUGUCACAUCUCAAGAAGCGAGAGUUGAGUGGAUAGUGGAGUAUGGAGCCCGCAUUAAUUAUUUCCAGCCGAUAACCAUCAAACUCACGAAGCGCCUCGAGGAGAACGACCCACGGACUUGGACAGUCGAGAUUAUGUGGCUUGAUAAAGAAGAAAGCAGUCCUCCCCCAAAAAGGAUUCAUGAGAAGCGUGGAGGAGAGGUACUCCAUAGAGUCGACCUUGAAGUGGUUGAAGGAUCUACUAAGCUAUGGACCUUUAUGAACCUCAAGAGCUUUACAAUGUACCAAGAAUGCAAGUUUGAACUCGAAGUAAUGAUUGGACCGUCGGGUGACUGUGUCCUUACAGUAUCAAAGAAUACUCUCAAGCUGACCGAAAGGGAACCCUGA